AUUAAUAUAACUGUCAAUGAAUGCCGAAUCCAAUACGCAUGCCCAGUAUUAAACUACCAAUUCAAUUCAAAUGUGGAAACUUCUCGUCCCGCAAAUUCUCAUAAAUUUCAUUUUAACCGUUGAUGCCUCAUGUGUUACAUGUAAAUCAAACGGUAAAUCAGGAAAUGAUUUUCUCGGUACCACGUCAUCAGCACUAGCAUGUGACGACGACAAGUUAAUCGAAUAUUUAGCAAAAAUUCAAGUUUUAAAUCCUGAGGAUAUUGUUCAGAUGCCCAUAAACAAUUUAGAGAGUCUUUGCAGGGAUUUGGAUGAUGUUCUCAAAAGUUCUGGCAAAUAUCUCAAUAAUUGCACGGUUUCUGAAACAAACUUGUACGCAAAUCUGCUCAAAGGUGUGAAACAACUUGACAGUGAGUGUUGCUGUGCAGAGUCCUCAUUUUACGCAAAGUUAUCAAAAUACUAUCUUUGCUUGCAUGACUUGAGAAAUGAUUAUGAAGCAUGUGAUGGCCCCCCUGAUUGGAAUGAAGAACCUGAUAACACAAAAGUGUGCAAAGAUUUUAAAAACAUAGUUGACUGCUACUAUGUCAAAUCAGCAAAAGUAUGUGGUAUAAAUGCUGCAAAAACUGUUAAGGACCUUGCAAUAAAAGUUGUUGCAUCAACUUUGUGCAACACUGUAUGUCACGGUUUGAAUACAAAUCCACAUGUACCAGAUCCUAUGCCUGAAAAAUAUGUAGCAAACGGAAAGGUAUGUUUGUAUUGCAUCUCUUUGUGGGAACCCUGUUGGACAUUUCUCCAUAGGAAUUUUUUGUACUCUGUGUGCAUCAUCGUUAUUCUAGAGUACUCUGCAUAAAUCUUGAUACAUUUACAUUUUUUAGGUACCUAACAUGGAAAUUGACACAAAGUGGAUGUUCAUACUUAUAACUAUAUUAUUUUUGUUAGGUAAUUAUCAAUAAAGAUUAUAACAUUUGAA